UUAACCAAGUUGAUGUAAAGAUUUUAAGAAAUUUGUCAAAGUCUGUUACAAUUAUAAGGUAAAAAAGUAACUCCACCUGCUAUAUCACCAUGAAAGCAGCCGAAGACCAAGUUGUGGAAGAUGAAGGCGGCUACCAAGAUGAAGAGGACUCAUUCUUCCAAGACAUUGACCUAUUACAGAAACACGGAAUUAAUAUGGCAGACAUAAAGAAGCUCAAAUCAGUGGGUAUCUGCACAGUGAAGGGGAUACAGAUGACUACUCGUAGGAACCUAUGCAAUGUCAAGGGUCUCUCUGAGGCCAAGGUGGACAAGAUCAAAGAGGCUGCUGGGAAAAUGCUGACCAAUGGAUUCCUGACAGCAUUUGAGUACAGCGCAAAGAGGAAACAAGUGUUUCACAUCACAACUGGGAGUCUGGAGUUUGAUAAACUCAUGGGUGGAGGUAUUGAAAGUAUGGCUAUCACUGAGGCAUUUGGAGAGUUCCGGACAGGCAAAACCCAGCUGUCUCACACUCUUUGUGUGACCGCCCAGCUACCAGGAGAGGACAGCUACACAGGAGGGAAGGUCAUUUUCAUCGACACAGAAAACACCUUUCGACCAGACAGACUUAAGGACAUAGCAGACAGGUUCAAUGUGGACCAUGAUGCUGUUCUGGAUAACGUUUUGUAUGCUCGAGCCUACACCAGUGAACACCAGAUGGAGCUGUUGGACUUUGUAGCUGCCAAGUUCCAUGAGGAGGGGGGUGUCUUCAAACUUCUGAUCAUUGACUCCAUCAUGGCUCUGUUCAGGGUAGACUUCUCUGGCCGAGGAGAGCUCGCGGAGAGGCAGCAGAAGCUAGCACAGAUGCUCUCGCGCCUACAAAAGAUUUCUGAAGAGUACAACGUGGCAGUGUUUGUGACCAAUCAGAUGACAGCUGACCCUGGGGCUGGAAUGACGUUCCAAGCUGAUCCCAAGAAGCCAAUUGGAGGACACAUCUUGGCUCAUGCGUCCACCACACGUAUAAGCUUAAGAAAAGGGCGGGGAGAGAUGAGAAUCGCUAAGAUAUUUGACAGUCCUGAUAUGCCUGAGAAUGAGGCCACCUUUGCCAUCACUGCUGGAGGAGUAGCUGAUGCUAAAGAGUGAGAGGAGGGAUAGGAUGCACUCGUAGAUACAAGCUUACACACAAACAUAUGCUUAUACACACAUUACACACAGUACACCAUCAUAACCCUUGACCCUCCAUAAUUGCUUAUUUCACAUCUUUUUUCAAUUUGUUUAAUUUAUUUAAAACCCUUGUGCUGCCUUUCGGGUCAUUGUGACAAAAAGUCACAUUGUGAAAAAGG